AUGUCAGACAACAUACCUUACGAAAUUCAAGCAGAAAUCAUCAAAAGACUUCCUGUGAAGUCACUGGUUCAAUUCAGAUCCGUCUCCAAACAAUGGAAGUCUUUAAUCGACUGCCGUGAGUUUCUUGCUGCUUACAAUAUCUACCACAAUCAGCCUCAGCGAUUAAUCGUAUGGUAUGAAUAUCCAGCAGACACCGAGGAAAAGUACGUUUCAUUUGUUGAUGAUGAAACUUUCACCAAACAAGGGUUCGCUGUGACUCUUCCUGUGCUCGCUAAAGUACUUAACGACUCACGUGUGGUUGGUAGCUCUCAAGGAUUGUUAUGCUUGCAUGGCUAUUAUCGAGUUCCACGUCAUUCUCGUCACAAUUCUGUACGAGAGAUGGCUGUUCUUUGGAAUCCUUCGAUUAGAAAAUCAGUUGGUGUAGCUGUGCCUGGUGUCUUACGUUGGGGUCUUGAAACCAUUCUUGGAUUCGGGGUUUGUCCUAUCAGAAGUGACCCUAUGAUUGUGAAGAUUACACAGGUUAAUGUAAACUGGGAAAUGAGAAGUAGGGUUAGCGUCCCUUGGGUGGUUGAAAUUUUCUCGUUGAGUAAAGGUAGUUGGAGAAUUCUUUCUUGUAAUCUGCCUAAUAAAUCGAUUAAACUUACAUGGUCUCAGGUAGUUAUAGAUAGGUUUAUUUUUUGGUUUGCUGUUGACAAGUUGGUUGCUGCUGAUGGUGGUUUUUCCACAAAAAAUAUGAUAAUGUUAUUUGAUAUGACUACUGAAGAAUUUAGAGUGGUAGAUCUACCAGAGAAUUUAGCAAACCAGUCUUACUUGAAUUUGUCCAUCUCUAAGGUAUGUGAGUCUCUAGCUGUUCUUGAAUACGCUACAAACAUGAUGAAUCAAGUUUGUAAUGUAUGGGUGAAGGAUCAUGGUUUUCAGAAUUUGUUUAAAAAGCUAUUUACAAUUAGUGCACCAUAUGCAUCAAUAAGGGCAUUGGGAUUUACGAAAAGUGGUGAACCUAUGAUGGAAGUGAAAGAUUAUUACAAAGAAGCAGCUGCACUUGUUGUCUAUGAACCCAGCUUGGGAUACAUCAAUAAUAUUGGGAUUAGUGGAAAUUAUGGUUCAUUCUUCGUCGGCUCCUAUAUGGAAACACUACUUCUGCUUGAUCAGGCAGAUUGUAGUGUUUAUUCUAACGUUGACAACUGA